AUGGUAUCGGUCCUUGGAGCCACUGCAGCAAGCAGCUUGGAUGUGCUAUUACCCAUGAUGGAAGCUCUCGCAGCCAUCGGCCUGGCCAGCAAUGUGGCACAGUUUGUCGAAUACGCAAUCCAGUUCACCAAGCUUGCACACAAGCUUGCCUCCGGUGAUGGCGGGGCCAUCAGAGAGCAUGAAGGCAUCACUGCGAUUACAAACAGUAUGGCUGAGGCAAUGAAGGAAAUCGACCAGACCAGCACAGACACAGCACUCAAUAGCCUUGCGAGCCAAUGCCUUCAGGUAGCCACCGAUGUCCAGGGCAUCAUUAAUGAUCUGUCCAACAGACCAGAUGCCAAUCUAAUCCGCAGCCUGCAUAAGGCUGGCAAGACAUUUUACAAGCAGAAGGAAAUACAAACACUCUCAGACCGGCUGUCAAACAUGCGAACUCAAGUCUCUCACCGCUUAUUGACUUUGAUACGCGCACAACAGCUCUCAAUAAAAAACACCCUGGAAACUCUGGUACCUUUAGCUGAGGAAUACCACCAGCGUUUUGCGAAGUCGCUGCAGUUGACUGUUGACAUUCUUCAAGGAGUCGCCCAGAAAUUGGACAGCACGAACAACAUCCCAGGUCCUCCAGGUCAUAAAAGCCUCUCCAGUUUCAACAAGACAUUAUCCUCCUCACGUCUGGGAACUGUGGCCCAAGAACAGAUCGAUCCGUACAUCAGAAAUGUCGAGGAGCUCAUCAGCCAGAAGAAAGAAUCGAUAUUACGGAGUCUGUAUUAUGAGCAGCUCAGGGAGCGAGAAUUCGCUAUCACAGAUGCUCAUACGAAAACAUUUCAAUGGGUCUUUGGCGCCAAUACAAAAUUCAGGUUCCGUGAGUGGCUCCGGGAAAAGAAUGGAAUCUACUGGAUUGCUGGUAAGGCAGGGUCGGGAAAAUCGACGUUGAUGAAAUUCAUCAUCGAGCAACACGCUACGAACAAAGCUUUGCGAGAGUGGGCAGGCAGCGCUCAGUUAGUGAUUGCAAAGCACUUCUUCUGGAGUCCGGGAACGGCGAUUCAGAAAUCCCAGGAAGGGCUCUUCCGGGCAAUUCUGUUCCAAAUCCUCAGCCAACGCCCGGACACAAUCGAAAAAGUCUGCGCAGAAAGAUUUCGCGCACCAUACGCAGAGAGCUUUGGCCCUUGGACUCGCCGUCAACUCACGCAGGCGCUAGAGAGCCUUGCAGCGAUAGAAGACCCCAGAUUCAGAACAUGUGUUUUUAUAGACGGUCUUGAUGAAUACCAAGGGGACCACACGGAGCUCGUGCAGAUAAUCCAGAGGAUCGGCAGCCAUCCUCACACGAAGAUCUGCGCUGCAAGCCGACCUUGGCUAGACUUUAUGGAUGCCUUCGACAGUUCCCCAUGGAAGUUGUACGUGCACGAACUGACGCAACAAGAUAUGUACUACUUUGUCAGAGACACUCUUUGCGAGAGUCCCAGAUUCAAGAGGCUUCAGUCAAGCAACAAAUUUGCGGCCCCAGAACUGAUCGAAGAGAUCGCAAAGAAAGCACAAGGCGUAUUCCUCUGGACGUUUCUUGUGGUUCAAUCUCUUUUACGAGGACUCCGCAACGAAGACGGAAUAUCGGACCUUCGACGCCGGGUCCAGCUGUUGCCCACUGACCUGUCGGAUUAUUUCGACCGGAUGUUCGAGUCCAUCGAGGACGUAUACCAGAAACGCGUCAGCCGCUUGUUUCUUACACUGUCUCUAGCGCGCAUCACGUUCCCUGUUCUGACGUUCUUCUAUUUAAACUUUGAUGACGAACCUAUGGCCAAGGAACCCUUAUCAUUCCUCCAUGAAUGGCCAGAUGUGGACAUGGACGAAGUCGAAGUCCUAAUCACAAAAAAGAGACAGUUGAUUGCCCAGUGCAAAGAUUUGAUACACAUAUCUCCCGAACCUGACGCCCCCGUCCUGUUCGCAGAGAAGGUUGGGUUUCUUCACAGAACAGUCGUUGACUAUAUACAGACAGAGGAAGUCAGCAAAAAGCUUCUACAUCUUGCAGGUCAGGGAUUCGAGCCGAGAGUUGUGCUCCUCCAGGCCAACUUAGGCCAGCUCCGGUCUCUGUUGCAUCUCCAUCGCCUUACAUAUAUUCGCCCUCGCCUUCACCAAUGGAUACUUGGCUGCCUCUACUACGCUUACGUGUCGGAGAUUGCGACCGGAAAAGCCAUGGUUAUGGAUCUUGACGAGCUUGGAAACAUGAUCGAGCAACAUUUUAGCAGGUGGAGCUUCUCUCAUGCGAUGGACGUGCUAUUCCGGGACCCUGACAUCAAAAGCUUCCUCGAACUUACUUGCAUCUGUGACCUGGCUCUCUACGUCAAACGAAAGGUUCCAAAUUGCGCGCCAGCUAGACUUAACAAAUUAGCCCCAAGAUGGCAGCACCCAACAAGGAUCAUCCAGUCUUCAGGCUUCGAGAUUGCAAAUCUUGAUGCUGGGGAAGAGAAGAGGCUUGUUCGUCUGGCGAAGAAUAUCUCCUGUGGCACUGAUCACGAACACCCCGUCAAGGCGCCUGGGGAUGGCACGAGCCCAAUAUCGCCCACCUCGGUUGCAAAGACGGUGUCGUUCAGUACUCAGCAGCCAAAACUCGCAGCUCCGCCGAAGCGUCUAAAGAAAUUUAUGAGGCGUGUCAAGAGUGUCUUCCGGUGA